GGAGAGACACAUAGACACAGAGACACACCCCCACAGAGACAAACGGAGACACACCCCCACAUAGACACAGAGACACACCCCCACAGAGACACACAGAGACACACACACAGCAAUAGGAAAAACAAGAAAAAAUCCACAGACGCGCAGAGAAUUCGAGAUACGAACGGAGACGCAGAGGAAGUGACACGGGCAGACAGAAAGACGCGGGCUUAUAACGACACACAGACAGCGACCCAGAAAGACAAAGACGGACAGAGAUACUCAAGAGCUACGUGCCAGACAGAUACAGAAGGGAGGCGGAGUGGUAAAGAGAGAGACACAGAGGCUGCGUCACGAUCCAGCUCGCUCUCGCUCUCUCUCUUCCGAGUCAUUCGGUGAAGUUUGACUCCGACCCGUGUCGCCAUGGGGAAGUCUGCCUCGAAGGAGUUUGCACGCGAGCUGUUGAAUGCACACAACGACUACCGCAAGACGCACGGGGUGGCCACGCUGUCGCUCUCCUCCAAGAUGUGUCGUGAAGCACAGAGCUAUGCCGAGUCGCUGGCGCGGACCCGGGUCCUCAAGCACAGCUCGGACACGGAGAGGGGCCAGUGUGGGGAGAAUCUCGCGUGGGCCUCCUACGAUGAGCCAGCUAAGGAGGUGGCGGAGAGGUGGUACGCGGAAAUCCAGAACUACAACUUCUCCAACCCGGGCUUCUCUUCUGGCAGUGGCCACUUCACGGCCAUGGUUUGGCGCAGCAGCCGCAAGCUCGGCGUGGGGCGGGCGCGCGCCAGCGACGGCUCGGCGUUCGUGGUGGCUCGAUACUUCCCGGCGGGCAACGUGGUCAACCCGGGCCAGUUCCGCGACAACGUUCCGCCGGCGGGCGCGUCGGCCAGGAAGUGACACCGCGGCCGGCCAGGGAGGGGGACGGGGACGGGGCAACGUACGCUGAAACACGGGGGGGGCGAAUGUCAUUGUUAUCGCACAUCAUCAACGAGCGCAGUAGCGGUUGUCGAAAAGAUUUGUGUUACCGGCGGGGGGUGGGGGGGGUGGAGGGGGUGGGGCAGCGCAGGAUGCGGCGAGGUUGCCGUGCAGGAGAAGUUGCCGAAGGAGUUGCCGUGCCGACGCGAAGCGAGCUGUCACGUGACGCGUACGCGCGACGGUGAAACGCGUGGCUGGCUUGCACGACGCGCGCUCGUACACGGCGUGAAAGUGAUGCCGUAUGGAGGGGGAGUGCAGGGAGAUGAGAGGAGGGGUAGGAGAUGGUUGUGAAGGGGAGCGUGAUGAGAGGUGGCGACGUAGGAGAGUGAGACGGGAGGAUGCAGAUUUUUAUUUUUUAAGUUUACCCAUCAUCAGGUGUGUGUAAUAUCGAACAUCUUAGUUGGUAGUUUAAUGGAGAAGAUUUGUUAGUUUUGGAGAAGUACACUGCGGUGGGUUGUAGGGACUGGUGUUUAAGUAGCCCUGCAAUAUUGUGUCUGUGUGUAGUGUGGAACGGUGGUGCAGUGGUUAGCGCGCACUGCAUUACGAACCCAGCGACCCGACCUCCAUUCCCACUCACGACCAAUAAGAGUGGUGAAUAUUUGCACCGGGCCUGGGCCUGCCUUGGGUCGACUCGGUUUUAGUCGCUAAAAAUCAGCGCUCGGGAGAAAAGGGCAGGCAGGCGUGGUGUUGGCCCACCCACAACCAACUCAUAGCUGCUCGCUGAUAGCACAUGCCUCAACAGCCUGUUAAAAGGCUAUACAGAGGAUCCCUGUCUUUUUGUGUGUGUAGGGAGGUCUUAUCAUCAGCUGCACCAAAAAAAAAAACCACCUGCCUCUGUACUUCAUGCCAUUAUCAGAAUAAGACUUUAUUUAUGCUGGAAACAAUG